GAAUGGUUCAUUACAGAAUGUUGGGGGCAGGUGCGCCCGCGGUUUUCCUCGUGAAUGUUAAAGGUUGCUGAAAGGGUUACGGUUUGGGAGGCUGCGCUGUUCGAGAUUUGUUGAUCAUACGACGCAUGCUUUCGCUUCCGGGCGAGCAGUCAGAGAUUUUACAGAGCGCCGGGUGAACAUCCACAACGAUAGACCGAGCAUCGAUGCUUCGUGCAGGCAGGAUGGAGGAGUUUGUUACGGAGGAAGAUGAGCCAUGGUACGACCAACGGGAUUUGGAGCAGGCGUGCUUAUCUGGAAUGGACUACUGUCUUAAUUAUCUGCACCUGGCAGCCGAGCUGGGGAAGACCCUUCUGGAGCGCAACAAGGAGCUGGAGGACUCCCUACAACAGAUGUACAUCAACAAUGAGGAACAGGUGCAGGAGAUCGAGUACCUGUCCAAGCAGCUGGAGAUGCUGAGGGAGAUGAACGAGCAGCAUGCAAAGGUCUACGAGCAGCUAGACGUGACAGCCAGAGAGCUGGAGAUCACCAAUGAGAAACUGGUUAUAGAGAGCAAGGCCUCGCAGCAGAAGAUAGACAGGUUGACGGGUACCAUGGAGACACUGCAGGCUCAGGUGGAUACCAUGACAGCUCGUGUGGAGGAGUUACGUACGCUAGAGGAGCUGAAGGUUCACAGAGAGAAGAGGGAGCGACGCAAGACUGUCCACUCCUUCCCCUGCCUCAAAGAACUCUGCACUGCACCAAGGUAUGAGGAUGGCUUCCUGGUGGCCAACCCCGGCAGUGUGGACCUGGUGUCUGAGCGUGAGCGCCGGCCCCUGGACGAGGAAAACGAGCGUCUAAAGGGCGUGAUCUCCUCCCUGAGGUCCGCCAUGGUGGCAGAGCGUGGCCGGAGGGAGGGGGCAGAGAGGGAGUGCACAGCCGUGCUGCAGGAGUUUGAGCUCCUGGAACAGCGCCUCCUGGGGGCUGAGGGCUGCCAGCUGCGGGUGCAGGAGCUGGAGGCGGAGCUACAGGAGAUGCAGCAGCUGAGGAGGUCCCGGGUGUGUCUGUUGGAUGAGGGUCUGGAGCAGACCCUGCUCAACAACGCCCCCGAGACCGACACACCUGAGGAGGGACCGGGGCAAGCGGAGGGAGGUGAGGGGACAGGGGAGUCUGGGGGGACAGGAGGAGGGGGGCAGCAGGGAGGCCCUGUGAGGAAGAGCUGCAGUGACACGGCGCUCAACACCAUCUCGGCCGACGAUGCCUCGGGCAGGCGACAGGGCAGCUACGCGAUCCAAGCCAACGGCGCGCGCAAGCGGGGCAUGUCCAUCCUGAGGGAGGUGGACGAGCAGUACCACGCCCUGCUGGAGAAAUACGAGGAGCUGCUGGGGAAGUGCCGGCGCCACGAGGAGAGCAUGUGCCACACGGGGGUGCAGACGUCACGCCCAGUCUCCAGAGACCCCUCCAUGAAGGACUACAGCAUGGCCACCCCCGGCCCCUCCUCAGCCAUGGCGGCUGCUGCUGCACCCCCCACCCCGCCCCAGACCCCCUCCACCCCAGAGGCCCUGGAGGGCAUCAGCCGGCAGGUAGACCAGGUGGACAAGCGGCUGGGCCAGAACACCCCAGAGUACAAGGCCCUGUUCAAAGAGAUCUUCUCCCGCCUGCAGAAGACCAAGAGUGAAGUGAACUCCACCAAGGGAGUCCCCAAGGGUAGAAAGUCCCCAAGGGUAGGAAGUCCUAAGGGAAGAAAGUCCAAAGACAAAUGAGCUGCUUUCGUGAUACUACUGAACAUGACCUCUCCUGGUACUACUGAACAUGACCUCUCCUGGUACUACUGAACAUGACCUCUCCUGAUACUACUGAACAUGACCUCUCCUGGUACUACUGAACAUGACCUCUCCUGAUACUACUGAACAUGACCUCUCCUGGUACUACUGAACAUGACCUCUCCUGAUACUACUGAACAUGACCUCUCCUGGUACUACUGAACAUGACCUCUCCUGAUACUACUGAACGUGACCUCUCCUGGUACUACUGAACGUGACCUCUCCUGGUACUACUGAACGUGACCUCUCCUGGUACUACUGAAUGUGACCUCUCCUGAUACUACUGAACGUGACCUCUCCUGGUAAUACUGAACAUGACCUCUGCUGGUAAUACUGAACAUGACUUCUCCUGGUACUACUGAACAUGCAACAAUGGGUACAAAAGCCACAGAUUUGUUUCUCUUUGUUUGACCAUGUUGCUUGUUCAAAGUGGUCACUUGAUGUCUUAAUGACAGGUUACCUGUACUGCACAGGGGAAAUUAUACAAUUUACUGUAGAUGCUCUGUGAUCCCCUCUGCUGUUUUCUUCAUCUUUCUGGAUACUGCCACAUUUCACCCAUCCCAAUGUGAAUGAAUGAAUUGUAAAUCUCUGACAACAUUCAUCAUCUGGGUAGAUGAAAUGCCUUGUUUCUUGAUCUAACUUCACGUCAUUUAUGACAACCUAGUCGUGCACUAAAAUCUGUUUGACCCGUCUUUGGUCAAGACAAUCCAGUACAAUGUUUAAAUGACUGACCGUGUAUACUGAGACUGCACUAAUUAUACUUAAAAUUUAUAAAUAACUGCUAUUUUAAUGGUUUUGCCAAUGACUGACGAAUAACGUGCAGAGCUAUUCAUAAAAUGUGUUUUCAAAAACAAUGUAUAGUUAAAUAUUCCUGAUAUUCACAAUGAAUAACACUUUUGCCUUAACAUCUUAGGCUUGAUGCAUUUACAUUUUAGUCAUUUAGCAGACGCUCUUAUCCAGAGCGACUUACAGUUAGUGAGUGCAUACA